AUGAACAUGGAAGUGGCGGAGGCGUCCGGGGUGGCGUCCGACGACGCUAGCUCGCCGGGCGGACCCGCGACCGCGCUCGAGAGCGGGCCGUCGCUGCGCGCGGCCGGCGGCGACGGCGGCGACGACGACGGCGGUGACGCGCGACCGACGACGAGCGACUGCGCCGCGACGGGGGUGAGGCGCGAGGAGGUCGCGAGGAGCUCGCCGCGGCCGGAGGAGCUCGACGCCGAGGGUUCGCGCGCGCCGCAGUCCCCGUUGGCCUUCACCAUCGACUUCGGCGGCAGCAAGGAGGUGGACACGGCGAGGUAUCAGAACCUCUUCGAGAGGUACAACGCCAGGCACAGGCGGAACCUGUCCACGUCCAAGGUAGAGGUGAAAUCAAAGAAGCCGGGCACUAUACUGUCUCCAAACUUGGUGCAGAAGCAGAAAGUUCCUAGCACUCAUUCGGAGGGUUACUUUAGCAGCGAGGACGAUACGAAGCGAAAAUCUGACCAAUUAUCAGAAAGACUCAAACAAUUAGGUGUCAAGAAUCCUCUGAGAGCACAUUCUAGCACAAAGAAGUCUACGAGUGAACAAGUAGAUCCCUCUCAUCAAAAUAAACACUAUUUAAUGACAAGGUCCUGUGAUGGUGAAUUACGUCACAGUCAACUGUCGUCUCAAGGCCUCUCUCUGGAAUUGGAAACCAACGAAAACGUGUAUUGGACAUCUCAGAGGUCCGCGACGAUAAACGAUCUGAGUCGCAUUCAGAUCAGCAAUUACGACGACGACGAAAAUGAGAAGCAGUACACGAAGAACAUCGAAUAUAUCGACGCCAAUCACGAGUGCAAGGAAGUGAACGAAGUGAACGAUGUCGAGGACAACAACAAAGUGUCUAAUAUGAAUUAUCUCACUGAUGAUUUCAAUAUAAAGAAUUCCAACGAGCGAGAGAACAAUUUGUCGAGCGAUCAGAGAGAGCAAUUCGUUAGUUACGCGAUGGAUCUGAACGCGGACGAUAUAGCGGAUACCAAUCUGGAUGUGUUUAACGUCAGCAACGUCGACGCUAGUUCCGAUGGUGCGGUGAGCGAGGCUGGAACGUACACGAUCCACAAGGACUAUACCGACGAGGAGAAAGCGAGAAUGGACAUCGACAAGGUUUUCAGCGUCGGCGUUCUAACUGAGGACGAGAGCAACGAGGCAUAUGUUCAUAAUUUUAAGAUGAGCAUUUCGCGCGAUAGUAACGCGUGGAUAUCGGAAUGGGCUACUCAAGUAGCGGAGCAUAACUCUCUACCUCCGAUAAUAGGCGGCUCGACGGGUCGCACGCCGCCUCUAAGUCCCACCAAGAUACCGUCUCCAAUCCACGCCAGAUCUCAACGAGUGUCACGUAACCACUGUGAACAGUCGCCCGACCGCAAUCUGGACACGGACUCGUAUGUACGAAUAAAAGAAAGGCUCGGUUUAGUUUCAAGUCAGCAUCAGAUCAUAGACUCCGGCGGAGAAUCCGAUGACGACACCAGCAACAGUUACAACACGCCGCCUAACAGCUCACAACGUACACCUGUACAUAGUACCGUAAUUAGACGUGGCAGCUUGUCCGAAUCAUUGUUUCGGCGAGCGAACAGCAACGAAAAUAGGCGAAGCGUCCGAAAAUACUUAAGUUCAGCCAAAUCGAAGACUGCUGAUACUAACGUAGAAUUACUGAAGAGCCCGUCCCAAGUCUUAUCACCUCUCCAUUUUGAGAGAAGGAGUAGCUCUCUAGAUAGGAAAGAAUAUGCUUCUGAUACAACGGAAUCUAAUACGUCCAGAAGGAAUAGCGCGAAGUAUAAGGAAGAUCUUAAACAUACGAACAAUCCUGUUUUAAGUCAUCUCAGACCACCCACACCGAAAUUGACUAACAGCCCAAUUGUUAGCCGCAAGGCUGCUACAGCAAAGAUUCUCAAUUCUCCCAUGUUAGACAGGCCUAAGCAUUUGGCGAAAUCGUCACAAGCGAAAAAUAUAGGAUAUUUUACGUGCGUUGAAAAUAGUCCGUAUAUGCUGAGAAAAUCCAACAGCACUACAAACUAUCAUGAAGGAACUAGUUAUUUUGAUAAGGACGUGUCUUUUAAAGCGCCUAACAUGCUACGAAACAGUCCAGAGCUUCAGCGGCAUCUCAAUAUACAAAGAUCGUCAAGUAAUGCGAGUAUUAGAAACAUAAAGUCGCAGAAUCUCGUAUCGCGUCGCAGUAGCUUCAACAGUGACAUUGAUAGAAUAUCAAGAGGAAAGUAUGCCUCUAUUGUUGCCUCCGAUAGUAGUAGCGAAGCUGGGGAACAAUUGAGAAAGUCUCCUCUGAUGCCAAUCUCGUCUGGAAUUAAGUUGAAUAGGGCCUUCAGCAUAAGAAGAGCAAGAUUAAACUGCGAAUCCGAUACAACGCCGAAUACAACCCCCGAGGAAAGGCGUAGAAGAGCGCAGUCCGAAGUUAAGACUGUAGCACCUGUGACUAAGCAACAAAGCUAUCAUCGUAUUCGCACAAAUAGUGUUGGAGCGCACAGUAAGGAGUUAUCGAAGAAACCUGAGACAACGAAGUUCAGAGCGCCGUCUAUAUCUAGGACCGAUACCGGGAGAUUUAGUAUGAGAGCUCCAAAACCGACUCACCAUCCCCCCGGUAGCCAGAAAACCAAUCAGAAGCCAAGUAAAGAUCACAAAAAGUCCGGCAGAAGUAAUUCCAGUCUUACGUCUAAGGAAGUGGAGUUUCAGAAUUGGAAGAGGCGGAAAAGUUACGAUCCGAUGAAAGCAGCGGCCGAAGGGAGAAAGAAAUUAAUAGACAGUACAAAGAAACAUCACAGUACCGAGGACGGUUCUGGCAAUUAUGACAAUUCCGUGCUGAGAUCUGCAAGUUUUCAUGGUACAGGAGGUGCUCUCUCGUUAGCCAACGAUUGGUCGGAUAAUGAGUUAAAUUACUGUUAUGAGGAUAACCAAGUACCACCGCCUAGUAGUCCGCAGCUGGAGAGCGACAGUGAUUUAGAGACUUCAUCUUAUCUGCAAACAACUCAGAAUGUCGUAUCCGCAAUGUCCGCUCGCAUGACAGGAUACCGUCCUCCGCUCGUUUCCGACAACGAGAGCGACGAAGACACGAGUCACAGCCUGCAUCAGAAUAUAUCGAAAGGAUUACGCCAUCCGAGCGAUACGGAGAGCAGCGACGAGCAACAUCCUAUGUCACAAUCUCCUGUCUCCAAUACUAAAUACAACAAAGAAUUUAGUUUGCGUAAAGCAAAAUUGGAUCUGCAACGAACAAAACCCGUGUCUUCCAAUAUGAGCAAAGCUAAGAAUUUAUCACACGACGCUCACAGCAAGUCUGAGUCGCUUUCCAAUAUCAAUAGAACAGAUUCUGGACGACCUAGCACACGAGUUAAUAGAGGUUUGAGCACGGGGCCUAAAAGCAAACCAAAGGAACCGAAAAAGCCGUUGGCGCCAAAUGUACGGGAAGUCGAGAUGCAGAAUUGGAAACGUCGCAAGAGCUAUGAUCCCAUGAAAGCUGCUAUGGAAGGACGGAGAAAAGCCGGUCUGGCGAAGAAAAAUGCAAAUUUGUCGCCGAGCCACGUAGCGAGAUCACAGAGCUUUCAUGGGUCAGUAGGAUUAGUAGUCAGUGACUGGAGCGACGAGGAACCGGUCAUAUCUGCAGAUGAAGGUCCGCUUUACUGAGAUUGUCUCAGAGGAAGUGGGUAUUACAAAAACGAGCACAUAUGUGAAAAUAAGAUGAAGCCAAUUACAAAAA